CAUCAUUCAGUUCUUCCGUCUUCAUUGUUUUUAUAUUGUUUUCCCGUUUAGAGAAAUAGUUUACAAAAAGGACUAGUGAAGCUAUUUAAUAAACUUAUCGCCAGACAAUACACAUAGUUUCGUAUAUAUUUUUUGAUGUCAACCCAGCGGAAUUCUUAGAUGGGGGAAAUGCCAACAUCGUCGCUUGUAUUGCCAGUUAUUUUGAGACCUAUAUUCGCACAGUUGGAACGACGCGAUGUAGGCGCUGCUCAGUCACUACGUUCGGCUAUACUUAAGACAGAGCAAAACAAUCCUGGAUUUUGUUAUGAUCUUAUAAUGGCGAUCAUACGUCGUGCUGAACUUAAUGUGAAUAUAAAUGAGGCUGUUUUACGCUUGCAAGGCAAUAUAACUGACUCAGAUCUGAAUGAAUAUCGUUUGACGCGUACCGAAGAACCAUUCCAGGAACUCAAUCGUAAAUCGGUGGCACUAAAAGUUAUUCUAAGUCGUAUACCUGAUGAAAUUACAGAUCGUAAAACAUUUUUGGAAACUAUUAAGGAAAUCGCCAGUGCUAUUAAAAAACUCUUGGAUGUUGUCAAUGAAAUUGGUAACUUUAUACCAGGAGUGACAGGCAAACAAGCUGUUGAACAGCGUAAAAAAGAGUUUGUAAAAUAUUCAAAGAAAUUCAGUACAACAUUAAAGGAAUACUUUAAAGAGGGGCAAUCGAAUGCAGUAUUUUUAAGUGCACUUUAUUUAAUACGGCAAACUAAUCAAAUUAUGUUAACGGUGAAAAGUAAAUGCGAGUAGAAAAUUGUAGUUCUCCCCUCGUAUAUUAUUCUUGAACACAAAUCUUUUUUUGACAAUUAGUAGCAUUUUUCGUUAUUUUGAGUGUGUUGAGAAAACAAUAAAUGAAAUUAACUAUACUGAAAAGCAAGUUUAACUGGAAUCUAAUACAAAAGAGAAAUUAACAAAAUAUGUGUAAUAACUGAAACAAAACAAUAAAAAAUUUUAAAUAGUGAUACAAAUAGAAUCUUGUGGUUAGAGAAAAAUAUUCUACAAAUAUUUUAGAAUGAAGUAAAUACAUGAACAUUUUAAUAUAUUCCCUUUGCCCAUGUCAUCAAAGUGAUAGAGAAAAAGCUGAAAACCAUAAAUAUAGAUAAAAAUUGAAUUACUUUUAUUUUUAUACUUUAUGGAGCAUGAAUUCAACAUUUAAAGAGACUCAAAAUCUUGAAUGCGUCUAAACUAACACAUAUAUACGUAUACGUAUACGUAUAUAUAAAAAAAAUUUUUUUUGUUAUGUUCCAUUUUUCUAUCCAUUAUC